UUGACACAUUCAAUAUGAUCCAAAUAAAUAAGCAAAAUAUUAAUUUUGCAAAUAGUUUAAAUAAAGUAAAUAAUGAUUUGUUUAAAGUCAAGUUCGAAUAAAUAAACUAUUUAUACGUUACGUCUACGAAUUCCUUGACCCCCUUUUAGGUUAAAAGUAAUUAAAUGUACCAGCAGCCUCGCCCCUCCAUUCCAGCCCUAAAAAGGCAAAAUUAAACGAUGGACCUUCAAAAACUUAGCUGGAUAAGCCUCAUUGUGAUAUUUCUUGCAAACACCUUCGGAAUAUUCGGAUUGUUUGUUACUCUCGCUAGUCUUUUACUGUUCCUUGCUGGGGCGUUUUCGCUCUUGUACUUAAAAUUAGGUAAUGUAGAUAAGUUUCACACCAAAUGCAUAGGUAAUCCCUUGACUACCGCCCCACAAACUGAUGGGGGACUGAAAUGUAUAGAAGCACAACUUUCGAGUCCCAAAAAACUUUUAAAAUCAGACAGCAGGGUCACUGGAAGUGAACUUAUUGAUAGUUCUUUGCAAGAAAUUCUUGGCUACAUCAUAAGGGACUAUAUUGAACCCUGGUAUAGGCUUGUGUCUAUUGAUAAUGAAUUUUUAAAUACAUCUGUGAGAGACACUGCACAAAGUUUUGCAGUCAAUAUAUCCAACAGAGUUAAAGAGGUAGAUUGGAUACCUUUUUUGACUCAGAGGCUAGUAGAUGAUGCUGCAACACAUCUACGCCUCUACAAACAAGCUCGAGCCAAAAUUAAACUGCAGGAAAAGUCCAAGGAGUCUAAAAACACAACCUCAAAGAUUUCUCCUAAAAAAAAUGCACAUAAAAGGAACAAAAGUGAAACUGAUGUCUCUUGGUAUGUUUGCAAGAAUACAGAGUUUAGAAAAGAUGUAGGUAAUUCUAAAUUUUAUACAAAUGCUGAACCCAAGAACUCAACUUUGGAGGAAUACUUUUUUGAGUUGGAACUCCAGUUGGAAAAAAAUUUAGUAUCUAGGGAGCUGGUGUGCACCAAUGUGAAUAAAGAAAAAGAAUUUCUUACAGAAUUCUUAGAGAUUUUACUUUAUGUUUUACUACCAGAUGAAGAUUUCCAGUGUAAACCACUUAGGUUUCUUUUAAGAGACAUAUUUUCAAAUGGCGUGGUCUUGCCUCUAAUUAACCUUAUUACUGAUCCAGAUUUUAUUAACCAAGCCGUUAUUAGCACCCUUCUGAAAAAUAGCCAAAUUCCUAGUGACGUUUUCUUGACCACACUAAGGCUUACAGAGAGUCAGGAUGAACUCAAAAGCACCAAAAACCUUGUAGAAACUGAGAUACACCAUUUGAGAUCAAGAGAUUGUGGAGGUGAAGACUUGAACAUUAAGCAGCAACUGAGUAGUUUAGCUUAUGUGAUAAAACUAAUAGACUCAAGGUUAUCGAAGAUGGAAAAUCAUGCCAACUCAAACAAAGGAUCAAUGGAAUCUCUUCCCAUGGAUAAAGAAAGUGGAAUCGAUUUGACCUUGGAACAAAUUUUAAAAGACAAUUUGGGCCUUUCCUACUUUAUGGACUUUGUUUCAUCACAGGGUAGACAAAUGGAUUUGUACUUCUAUUUAAAUAUUGAGUGUUGGAAAAAUUCAAUCAGUAAAGAACUGCACGACGCGAAACCCGAAAACUUAGCAACCGUACACGAAAUGGUCCGCAGUACCGCAUUGGGCAUCUACGAACAGCACCUCGGUUACCCGGCAAGAAACGAAAAUCGGGUCCAACUCGAUGAAAAUCUCACCCAAAAUCUUUACUUCCGCAUUCGCAAUUUAAACGAAACUCCCUCGGAGCGCUGGUUCGACCCGAUCAGUAACGCCUUAUUUGAAAAAAUGGAACGCGACUGGUUGGAAUCGUUUAAACAGAGCAGGAUCUACGUGAAACUCCUUCACGAGUUAGAUUUGAUCCCUCAAAAUCCCCCGGAGGAGGACAGUUUGAGUCUCGAGGAGGUGUACGCGCCCUCUGAGGUGAAGAACGGGCAGUUUUUGACCGUCGAGGCGGCCAAUCGAUCUGUUAAACACGCGAGGUCCUUUAGUGAUGUCACGGUGUUUAAGAACGACGUGAAUAUCGCAAAAGAGGCCGCCGAAGGGGAGAACAUUGAGGAUUUGAAGACUGGCUCUUAUGAUUUGGGCGUUAAUAUUAUCGAAACCGGAAUCGUCUGUGAGAAAGGCAAAACGUUCGGGAUCUACGCCAUACGGGUCAGUAGACAAUAUUCGACCGGGUAUUUAGAAGAAUGGCAUAUUUACAGACGUUAUAGUGACUUCUAUGAUUUACACACAAAGAUCAAAGAGAAAUAUCUGGAUUUGUCCAAACUGCCAUUUCCCGGUAAGAAAACCUUUCACAACAUGGACCGGGCGGUGCUCGAGCGUAGAAUGAAAAUGCUGGGCCAGUACAUGUCAGAUUUAUGUCAAAUGAAGGUGAUCGAGUCGCAUGCGGGUCUCAAGGAGCUUUUGAUGACGUUUCUGGAGCAGGGAGAUUACGAUAGGGCCACUGGAGGCCCCAUUUCUACUACGAUCAAUGCAGUGGUAAACCCUCUCAAAUCCGGCAUGAAAACCAUAAAAAAUAUGCCCGAACAACUGAUCAACACCAUGGACGAAAUGGUAACUAAAGUAUUCCACUCUGGCCGGGGGGCUUCGGGUAAAAUACCCGAAACUUCUAAGGUGGGAGCUUCCAUAGAAGAGAAUGACGAUAACAUCCCCCUAAGAAUAAUGUUACUUCUAAUGGACGAAGUGUUCGAAUUAAAAUCUCGGAACCAGUGGUUACGUAGGCGAAUCGUGACCAUUUUAAGACAAAUCGUGCGGACCAUGUUCGGAGAUAUCGUCAACAGGAGGAUUUUGGACUACGUUUCUUAUGUGACCAGUCCUAAAAAUAUGGCGCAUUAUCUGCAUUUGUUUAAGCAAUCUUUUUGGCCGAACGGGGUUCGAAACGACAGGAAAACCUCCGAACGAUGCCCGGACACUAAAAACAGGACCAAAAUAGCAGCUAAGGCGGCCCUUUUGUCCUCUUUAUCUGACGAACUGAAGCACAUAAUCGGUUCGGAGACGACCAGACGGGGCCUUUUAAACGUUUUCGAUUUAUUUCAGAGGCCGGUGUUGAACAGACGUUUGUUUUACGUACUUUUGGAGGGAGUCGUUUGCACCCUGUUUCCCGACAAGGACUUGGCAGGCUUAAUACAAAAACUGUAUAAGAGUAAUGAUAGUCAAAAGGAAUCAGGGAGGUGACAGUAAAAUAGUCAAUUAUUAAAAGCCAUCUUCUGUGCUACCAGGUUUUAUAACGUUUUAACAUCUUGAGCAUUCCAGAACUUAUAGACCUACUCCGUAUUAGAAAUUUAGCUUAGUUUCGAAUGAGUCAGAUCCAGUAUUUUUGUAUUUGCGUAAUAGUUUUAUUUUGUUAUUAUAUUGUACUCUUUUUUUGUUUGUUUAUAUUUAAAUAUAUUUUAGUUUGUUUUAAAGCUU